UUAAUAAAAAUAUAAAGUUAUUAAAUGACAAUGAAAAACUCAUCGAAUAUGAUAUCUAAGAAGCAACAAGUUGUCAACGAACUCCAUAAACCUGCACGUAAGAAUUUUAAACGGAGAAGAGUAAUUAUAAAAGGUCUGGAUGAUUUAUGGCAAGCGGACUUAGUUGAAAUGGGUUCAUAUGCUAAAGAAAAUAGUGGAUACAAAUAUUUGCUUACGGUUAUUGAUUCAUUUUCUAAAUACGCCUGGGCCACACCCAUCAAAAAUAAAAGUAGUGAAGCGGUUUGUAAUGCUAUGACUAAAAUUUUUCAACAAGGACGUAUACCGAAAAAUCUCCAAACAGAUGAUGCACAAUAAAAGCAGCAAUUGUUGAGCGGUUCAAUCGGACUAUAAAGGAGCAAAUGUGGAAACAAUUCAGUUUAAAUGGAUCAUAUAAAUGGGUGAAUCUUAUCUCAUCAUUGAUUA